AUAUAUCUCUCUCUCUCUCUCUACUCACUCCAUCCAUCCCUUUUCUGAAUAUGGAACUCCCCUCUGUAAUAUCAAUCAAUUAUUAGCGUCUGUUUUGUUUCCUUGUUUUCAUAAUCAAACACUAGAAAUCAAUCAAAGAUUCAUCCAGUACAGUGCUAGGACCACUUCUUCUUCCAAAGUCUUUUAACCUCAACUCUCUCUUUCUCUGUGGUGAGGAUCGGAAACCCUAAAAGAAGAAGAAGAAGGUGAGUAGUAAGUCCAUGGAUUCGAUCCCAGAUAUGGAUGACUCCCCCAACUCUGCAGAGCACAAAAUUCAGAACCAUAACCUAAUCAUGACCACGGCUGGCAUGAUGAUGAACAGCGGCGCAGCUAGUUCUGGUGUGACACUAGCAGCCUCGGGUUCUUCUUCUUCUUCAUCUUCUCCUGGUUCCAGUAGCCGCUACGAGAACCAAAAGCGCCGUGACUGGAACACCUUCGGACAGUACCUGAAGAACCACCGCCCUCCGCUCUCCCUGUCCCGCUGCAGCGGCGCUCAUGUUCUCGAGUUCCUCCGCUACCUCGAUCAGUUCGGCAAGACCAAAGUCCACACUCCAAUCUGCCCCUUCUAUGGCCACCCCAACCCACCAGCCCCAUGCCCCUGCCCGCUCCGCCAGGCAUGGGGCAGCCUGGAUGCCCUCAUCGGCCGGCUUCGGGCUGCCUUCGAGGAGAACGGAGGCAAGCCCGAAGCCAAUCCUUUCGGAGCUAGAGCCGUUAGGCUCUAUCUCCGUGAGGUUCGGGACUUGCAGUCCAAAGCAAGAGGAAUCAGCUACGAGAAGAAGAAGCGGAAGCGCCCGCCGCUACCGCCACAGUUGCCUCCACCGCCUCAUCAGCAUCAGCCUCCUCCCGGUGCCAGCUGUCAGUAA